CUGAUCUUCCUUGAAUCAAAACUCCGAACAUUGGAGAUAUUUGAUUGCAAGUUUCCCAAAGAUAUUACCACUGCGCUCAUUUCACAACAUAUAAUAUGGCAGAUGAUCCUAUCCGUUGUUUAGAAUUUUUUAGUGGAAUAGGUGGUCUGCAUUAUGCAUUGAAAAUAGCCAACCUCAAUGCGGAGGUAAUUCGUGCAUUCGAUGUCAAUUCAAUUGCUAACAAAGUCUAUGAAUACAAUUUUGGUUUAGCUCCUUCAAAUAAAACGAUCGAUCAAUUAAGCAUAAAAGAUAUUGAUUCUUGCAGAGCAGAAUGUUGGUUAUUAAGCCCGCCUUGUCAACCUUAUACUACAGGUGGUCGCCAGCUGGAUAUAGAAGAUAAUCGAGCAAAACCAUUACUUCAUCUAAUCGAUCUGCUACCAAAAUUAACCGUUCACCCAGACUAUAUCUUUCUGGAAAACGUCAAAAAUUUUGAGUCAUCGCAAAGCAGAGAUUUGUUGCUUGAGCAGUUGGAAAUUUUAGGAUACGAAGUAAAAGAAUUUUUGCUGUCACCUAUACAAUUUGGUAUACCCAAUCAUCGAUUAAGAUAUUAUCUGACUGCCCGCAGAAGAAAUAAACGGAAAGAGGGUGAUGCUAAAGCUGACUCUUGGCCUCAACGGUCUAGUACAAUCAUUCGAGCAUGGCCACCCGAUCAGAAAUCCACUAAUACCGAACUCAAGCCGAGAGAAGAGAUUGGAUUAGAUUAUUUUCUCGAGAAGGACGAAAAUGCUGUUAAAAAAUCCCUUGUACCUGAAAAAUAUAUUUUACGAUUAUACCAUUUCCGUUUAGAUAUAGUUCGUCCGUCAAGUACCUCUACAUCGUGCAUUACAAAAGCUUAUGGAUCUCACCAUAUACAGACAAGUGGAUCGUUAGUGCAAACAAAGCGUUUGGAAGAUACUGACUAUGAUUGGGGCGAUACCCAGUCCUUGUUGAGUUUCGGCUUAAGAUUCCUCACUCCAACGGAAAUAUCCCGUCUGCAUGCAUUUCCCGGACCUGAAUAUCAGCUACAUGACUUACUGAGAUUUGAGGAUAGUAAGGGUCCAUUGACAAAUAGCUACGAUCAAAAGGAUGACUAUGAUCCCUUUAUUCCCCCAACUUGUAAACCUUACCUAGAGUUUCCUGAUGAAGUAACUCGAAUACAACGAUAUAGGCUGUUGGGUAAUAGUCUCAACUGCUGGGUGGUAGCUGAACUUUACAAGAAAAUGCUAUUUCUAUAAGAAAGUAAUUUAAUAUUCUGUAAAGACUGUCUCAUGGAGAUUUGUCUUUGCCUGAAUAAUAGAAGGAAGGCAAUGCAUUCUCUAAACAUCUUCCAGCCAAUAAAAACUCUUUGAUAGACACUCCUUCAUAGCGCCUUAAUUGACUUUAGA